AUGGCAAAGGUCAACGGAGAACUUGCCUCUUCACGGCGGAAGUCGCGCAAGGCGCACUUCAGUGCCCCUUCCAGUGAGCGACGAGUCAUCAUGAGCGCCCCGUUGAGCAAGGAACUGAGAGAAAAACACAAUGUCCGCUCCAUACCUAUCCGCAAAGACGACGAAGUAACCAUCGUCCGAGGCUCCAACAAGGGCCGCGAGGGCAAAAUCACUAGUGUAUAUCGCCUCAAAUACGUCGUGCACGUCGAGCGCGUCACCCGCGACAAGUCAAACGGCCAGAGCGUCCCUAUCGGUAUCCACCCAUCCAAGGUUGUCAUCACGAAACUGAAGAUCGACAAAGACCGCGAGAACAUCCUCGAGCGAAUGGGUAAAGGCCGGGAAGCAAAGGCAGCUGCAAAAGGAAAUUAA